AUUUGAAAUCGUAACGAAUUGUGGCAAACGAAAAUCUUUAGCGGAAGAAAAUCGACAUAAUUUCAAUAAUAAUAAAACAUACAUAUAAGUUAAGUGCAAGUGAAUGUUGUGUAUGAAAAUACAGUGAAAGAAAUAAAUGUAAAUUAUCUAAAAACAAAACAACUAACGAAAAAUUGUAAAGCGAAAUGUGUACAUGAAGCUAAAUGCAAAUAUUUAAAUUUUGUUUAUCUUAUCAAGAAUUUAUUUAACGUACACAGUAAAUGUGUUAUUAGUAAUAAAACUAUUGUUGUUUUAUUUAUAAACAAAUAUAUUGUGGUUUAAUAAUAUUGAGAUACAAGAUACAAUACCAAAAAAUACAUACAUAACUACAUGUUAAUAAAAAUAUUAAAAUAAAAAUAUAAUAAUAUCAGAUAAUAGAAAAAAUACGCAGCUCUUAACAAACAAACAAAAAAAGAAAAUCGACCACCUCUGGCUCCUAAUCUAUGUUAGUUUCGAACUGAAAGAUUCACAGGGAGAGGCAUAUGUUCUAUAACAUCAUAAUGGCAAUGUAAACAAGUCGGUUUAAAUUUAAGAUUUAAAUGGCUUUUAACUAAAUUAUUUGUGUUGCAUCAUCCAACACUUCCUGGCUUAACAACAAUUUUCAAACCGGAUGUCCUUUGUGUGAGCUUUCAUUUUACCACCAGAAAUAAAUAAAAGAAAAUGGUUCUCAAAAUCUUCAUAAAAAUAAAUGAAAAAUAGCAAUAUUUAUUGUCCAAAAAAAAAAGAAGAGGCAAAAUAAUAAAUAAAAUGAAAUGAAAUAAAACAAAAUUUUAUAGAUGAAACAUGAAUAGCAUGUAUAAUGGAAUAAACACUUUUAUACAAUCACCCGGUCAUACAAUCAAAGGUUAACAAAAGGGUCCUUUUGUAAUCCUGUCAAGUCACCUUUUUGUAACCAAUACAUACAUAUCCGCACACAUGUACUCAUACACUAAGAAAAAAUAAAUAAAAUUGUCAUACCAAAAUCAAUUUGGAAUAAAAAAUUUCAAAUAAAGCAAAAAGAAAAAACUAUUGGAGUGAAAGCAACAAAAAAUAAAAUAAAGGACUUUACUAAACAAAAAAAAGGAAUUGCUAUAAAAAAACGAAAGAAUAUAAAAGUGGGAGCAUAUCAGCCCAGUAGCAUCCCCCUUUAGCAAAUAAUAACAAUAAAAAUAAGGAUCAUAAAAUAAAAUUAAGAAACCCUUUGAACUCAAACAUGGCUGUGCCCAUUGAUGAGGGCGUUUUGAAUGCCCUCAAGGGUGUAACCAGCCAAAAUACACGUUUGCCUAAGCCUUUAAUAAUUAAAGUUUAUGUCUCCAGUUUAAAACAAGAAUUUUGUCAAGAACGUCGCAUGCUGCUGGAAUUGGUGGGUCCAGAGUUACAAUCACUGUACGAUGAUCGCCAAAUUGAAAUCGAAAUUGUUGACAUGCAUUUUGGCACAGGAAGUCUGGAUAUAACAGAAGUUGAAAAGGAUCCUUAUAUAUUACAGGAUUACUUGCAUGAAAUUGAAACAUGUGCCCAAUAUUCGAAAAGUGUUUUCUUUAUGCCGGCUUUAAGCAACAACUUGCAUUCCUCUAUUGUUCAGUUCAGAAAGAAUCGUGAUAACAACUAUCCCUCCAACAAUAUGGUGCUUGAGAAAUGGCACGAAGAAUAUGUUGAAUUGCGUGACAUUAUUGAUAAAUGCCUGCAACGUAUUUUGCGUGGAGACACUAUACUGGCAACAACAAAAACCUUAACGCCUGAUAUGCAACAACAUUUACAAAAAUUGCGACAGACACAAAUGGAACAAGAAGUACUGAAAGCAUUGGAACUUUCGAAUGAAAAAAUUCUGGCCGUUUACCGCGAAUGGUCAUCAACACAAUUAAGCGUGAAAGGUGCUGAGAGUUCGGAACGUUUGCGUACGUUAAAGGAUCAAUUAACAAUGAAUUUAUCAACAGACAAUUACACAACAUUAGUUGUACCGGGUAAUUGUUGUGACAGCGGCAUUGAUCCCGAUAAUGAACAACACGAAACGUAUUUGAGUAAAUUUAAGAAUAAAGUUUUCGAUAAAUUACGAAAUUUAAUAGAAGAACAUAUUGCCAAUGAUCCCGAUGUUAUAAAGGGUAGAAAAAAGACUGUACAGGAAAUAUUUCAUGAACAUUCAACACAUUUACGCAUUUUAAAGGAACAUCAAGAUGCCAAAGCCUUAAUUAAAUCACCCGUAGUGGAACGUUUAAAACUAAAUUUAAUGGCAAACUUCCGUAAUGGCAGCAGACAUGCACCCUACUUUAUAUGUGGUACACAUGGCAGUGGCAAGAGUACGUUAAUGACAGAACUUUAUCACGAUGUUAAGAAUUGGUUUCAGCCCCAAACACGAGUACAUCGUAUAGUACGUUUUGCGGCAGCCUCUCCACGUUCAGCCUAUAAUUUGGAAAUGUUAAGAGUAUUGUGUCAGCAAAUUUCCAUUAUCUUUAAUAUACCCGAAGGCUAUCUACCCAAGGAUGCCUCCUUUGAUCCGCUCUACAUAAACAAUUGGUUCCAGAAUUUGCUGCGUCGCAUAGAGGACAUGAAUUUUGAUGUUCUUUUCUUGUUUAUAGAUGAUUUGCAUUUAUUAAAUCCUUUGGAUUGUGAUAUUGUGGCUGCACUCUCCUGGUUACCCACCUCUCUGCCCUGGAAUGUGCAAUUGAUUUGUUCCACCACUACACCGGUGGAACAGUUAAAAUUUACCCAAAUGCAAAAGGAUCGUUUUAAGUCUACAGAAUAUCUAUUUGAUUUGGCGCAUGAGAAUAAUCACACCGUUUUGAGAAAGCAAUUGUCCAGUGACAAUAAUUUAACUUUUAUAGAAUUUUUAGAAAAGCAAUUUGAUAAUUUAGAAUUAAAAUAUGGUAGAAAAGGUUUUGGCCGUUUGGCAGCCUAUUUAACUUUAUCGGAAUUUGGCUUAUCUGAAACGGAACUGUUGGAAUUGUUAAUGCCUAUCGAUGAUCCUGAGGCCUGCAUCACAUCGGAGAGGGGAAACUUUUGUUUUUCAUCAUUUAAGAAAAUACACAAUGAAAUGAGUUUCUUGCUGCGCGACAAAAUCAUGUCCGGCAAAGUUCUAAUCCAAUGGCGUUAUCCCUACUGCAAACAAUUGUCACGUACACGUUACAUGGACACCAACAGUAUACGUUCCAUGCAUAUAGCCAUUGCAAAUAUCUUCUUCCCUGCCGAUCCCGAAGAGCAGGAUUGCGAAGAAGAAGAGGACGAGAGUACAGAAAGAGAGAUAAGUGAUGAUAAACAAUCGUUAGCCAGUCAGACGACCAUGAAGGAUAAGGAUACAUUUUCGGGUGGUCGUAAACCAUCGGGACAUCCGAAUGAUGAUACUUCAACAUUUUAUAAUCCCAUGGCGGCAGAUGUUUCGUAUAGCAUGCGUCAUGUGGAGGAAAGUUGGCAUCAUUUGAUGCGUUCCGAUGAUAUGGACAAAUUUAAACAAAUUGCUGUGUGCAAUUUUGAUUUUCUAUUGGCAGCGGUACAAACUGUAUCCAUAAGUUAUUUACGUUGUUUAAUCGAACAUGUACGUUGUUAUUUGUUGGAUCGUGAUAUAGAACUUAUUUAUUAUACGAUAAGAAAAUCAAGUGAUGUAUUAACACGUGACCCCAUGCAACUGGGAGCACAGCUUAUAGCCUGGUUAAGACCGAUUAGUGAACAUGAUGAAAAUGACACUUCAUUAUUAAGUAUGACGGUACGUUCAGCUACCGCCUGGUGUGAUGGUUACACUGUGCCAUUGCUGGUGCCCUUAACUGGUUGGCUACCGGCCCCUUUGCCAUCACAAAUACGCACAAUGACAGUCUCGGGUACGGGACCAAUACGUGACGUUUGUGUGGCGCCCAGUAAACAACAUUUAAUUUUGGCCACAAAAUCUGGUGAUGUACAACUGUGGCACAUAAUGAGCAAUUCACUGGAACAUAUAUUUAAAGCAAACAGUAAAUAUGUAAAAAGUGUAGAAGCAGAAGUAGCUAACUCCAGUAGUGAGAUAAUACGCACAAUAUGCAUAGCUCGUGAUAGUCAACGAGCCGUGGUGGGCUGUGAGGAUACCAGGGCCUUAAUCUAUGACAUGCACACGGGUCGAUUAAUCAGAUCGAUGCCACCAAAUCCUGGACCUGUAACAGCUCUAUAUGCCAUGGACAAUGAUGAUUUCCUUGUAACAGUGGGAGGCAAUAAGAUCACAUUCUAUUCGUUCCGAAAUGAGGAACUAUAUGUUCAUCCCUAUUCGCACAACCAGAGAAGGAAACGUUCUUUAAAGAGAGCCACACAAUCACAGAGAUCACCAUCGACCACACUACCACCAAUAACAUGUUUCGAUGUUUCACGCGAUUCACAAUUGGUGGCUAUAGCUUCGGGUCGUCAUGUUCAUAUAAUGCAAAUUAAUACACCCGAAUAUCAGACAACAUUUGAUGGUCAUGUUGCUCCGGUAACUUGUUUAAAUUUUGCACCUAAUGGUGAAUAUUUGGUAACGGGCAGUGAUGAUCGUAUGGUUCAUGUUUGGAGUCUGGCCAUGGGAUCUAUAGCGAACACCUUUAAAGGUCAUGUGGCUCCGAUUUGCAGUGUAGUGGUUUUAAUGGACUCCAGACGUGUCAUGUCCUCUGAUCGUGAUGGCAUGAUAUAUGUUUGGAUGGCUGAUGGCGGCAAUCUUUUACAGACCCUUCAAGGACCUUAUAAAUCUCUAGCGGCUACCAAUAAUAUGAAAUUUGCCAUCUCAACAAAUGGUGAAAAUGUUUUGAAAAUCUUUUCACUUACACGCGAAGAUGAAAAGUACUCCGUUUCCCAUUCAGAUGAAAUCACUUGCUUUACCAUAACAGCCGAUAGUUUGUUUAUAAUAACGGGAUCACGUGAUAUGUCGUUGAAAGUGUGGCAAGCUACAGGCGGUAAGUUGGCCCAAGUUCUAGUGGGUCAUUCAGAUGCUGUUACUUGUGCUGCAGUGUCGGUGACAAAUAAAUCACAAGUUACUUCCGGUUCGAAGGAUACAAACUUGAUUAUUUGGGAUUUACAUACUGGCGAAGAGAUUCACACUCUGGCGGGACAUUUGGGACCUGUUAUUGGAGUCAAAGUCUCGGCAGACGGUUCAACGGCCGUCUCAGGCAGUGAUGAUAAAACCUUAAUUGUUUGGGAAACUAAACGUGGUUUAGCAUUGACUUCUCUUCAACUACAUGUACCAUUUCCCCGUUUUGAUAUUAGUAUGGAUUGUUCCCGAAUUUUAGUACAGCUAGUGGAUAGUUUCAAUCUCCCAGUCAUUUGUUUACACAAUACGCCAGCCCAGUAUAUUAAGCUGCCAACAUACUCAGCGCCUGCCCGAGAUGUCGAAGAUCUUCGACCACAAGGUCCCAAACGUCAAAUGAAACGCUUGCUCAAGAAGGAAGUAUCUCUAGAUACCUAUACAUGGCAAAAGAAAUAUGGACAUCUAACAUCCUCGGUAAUGAUGGCACAGGUCGAUGAAAGACUCAAACGACGUUUUUCAGUUUCGGCCAGUAUGGAGGAAAUUUCUAAAAUAGCCGAAAUGAAAACCAUAACCUCACAAACGAAUCUGGGGCCCGAGCAGGCCGCCCUAGCACAAUCACAACAUUUCGAUCAAUUAGAAGCUUUGUGGAAUAAACGAUCACCGCCCCGUAGAAGACACAAUGCGAUCAUUUCGCUACAGGAGGAGGAGGAUAUCAUUAGAGAAGAUUAAGUAUGCCAGACUAAUAACUAAUUAUAAAUAAUUA